UGCUGAGAGGCCUCUCUGUGGGCAGAGUGGGGCCUGGUCCACCUGUGGGUAUUUGGCAGUGCCAGGCUCUUAUUAUUUUGGUUUUUGGCACUGGGGUGGAACGCAGGGCUUUGUGAAUGCUAUUCAAGCACUCGCCCCUGAGCUGCACCCCUGGUCCCCAUGGAUGUGCUGGAGUUGGCCUCUGAGAAAGAGGCGUUUCACUGGGGGAGCCGUGGGUGCCACCCCCAGAUGGAGAGACGGGUGGCCUUGCUCCGAGUGAUUUAUACCGACUGCCUCUCUGAUUGGAGUCCUAGGACAGUGCAGCUGGUGGGGGGGCACUCACAGGGACUCACAGGGACACUUACAGGGACACUCUCUCCCCAGGGCCCAGACCCUCUGCUCUUGUCACCCUCAGGCCACCUGCCCAGCCCAGCCUGACCAAUGUCCACAGCCAGGGAGCAGCCAAUCUUCAGCACGAGGGCACACGUGUUCCAGAUCGACCCGGCCACCAAGAGGAACUGGAUCCCUGCGGGCAAGCAUGCCCUCACCGUCUCCUAUUUCUACGAUGCCACCCGCAAUGUCUAUCGCAUCAUCAGCAUUGGGGGUGCCAAGGCCAUCAUCAACAGUACUGUCACCCCCAACAUGACCUUCACCAAAACCUCCCAGAAGUUUGGGCAGUGGGCAGACAGCCGAGCCAACACUGUCUAUGGCCUUGGCUUUGCCUCGGAGCAGCACCUGACCCAGUUUGCUGAGAAGUUCCAGGAAGUCAAGGAGGCGGCACGGUUGGCCCGCGAGAAAUCUCAGGAUGGAGUGGAGCUCACCAGCCCAGCCCUGGGGCUCAUGGCCCACCAGGUGCCCCCGACCCCCCUUGUCAGCGCCAACGGCCCGGGCGAAGAGAAGCUGUUCCGCAGCCAGAGCGCCGACACCCCCGGCCCCACAGAGCGGGAGCGGGAGCGCUCGGUGGGCGAGGUGCAGUGGGAGGCGGAGUUCUUCGCGCUGCAGGACAGUAACAAUAAGCUGGCGGACGCCCUGCGAGAAGCUAACGCCGCGGCCACGCAGUGGAGGCAGCAGGUGGAGGCCCAGCGUGCGGAGGCCGAGAGGCUGCGUCAGCGGGUGGCGGAGCUGGAAGCGCAGGUGGCUGCAGAGCCGGCACCUGCCACAGAGAAGGAGGCACCUGGCCAGCCGCUGGAGAAGCUGGAGGCGCUGGUGCGGACCAAGGACCAGGAGAUCCAGACACUGAAGAACCAGACCGGAGGGCCCCGGGAGGCCCCAGAUGCCGCAGAUCGUGAGGAGACUGAGCAGAAGGUGCAGGACCUGGAAGCACGCAACACAGAACUAGAGAACCAGCUGCGGGCCACCGAACGCAGCCUGGAGGAGGCACGGGCAGAGCGGGAGCGGGCACGGGCCGAGGUGGGCCUGUGA